UACAUGUUGAAGUCUCUGAUUCCAAAUCUUCGUUAGCCAGCCUGUUUUCUUAAUUGAUUAUUCACAAGUUGCUAGUACACUCCAAUAAAUAUGUAAAUUAAAUAUUAUUUACCCUCUUUGAUUUCUCUUCUACUUUGAACUUUCUCAUAAUUUUGUUCCUCACCAUGUCAAGGAAAAAGAUUCGAUUUUUGGGGUUACUCAAGUCUUGAGAAGCAGAUAACACAACUUAGACCAUUUUCUUGCAGAUUUCGCAAUUAAAAAAUGGCUUAUGCUGCUCUUCUUUCUCUCAGUCACAGCCUAGAGCACUCUCUGAAAAGUGAUUCUCGAUAUCUGAUUCUUGAUGAGAUACAACAAAUUGCAUCCCUCCUCGAAAAUGUUAGUUUCUUACUAGAUUUUCUUGAUAAUUCUUCACAAAAAUACAGCAAAACAAUAGGGUGUUUAGAGGAUCGAAUGAGAGAUGCGGCUUACGAAGCAGCAAAUACCAUCGAAUCUCACAUUAUGAAUCGAAUUAUUGAACCAUCUUCAGAUUACAGAGAGAAGAGUUGCUCUUGUUUGAGAAUACUUAAAAAAAUCUUAUGCAGUAAAUCCCGGGAAACAAAAAUUUUUUCCCAUGUGAAGGAAGUAACAGAAGAAAUUGAUUCCAUAACGAGAGAGAUGGAGAAGAUUGAGCAAGAAACAGACAUACAAGAUCUGCAGCCAAGGACUUGGUUUCCUGCUGGUUCAUCAAAAUCUGCUUCUGGUGGCAAGAUUAAUACGGUGGGUCUCGACGAUGACAUGAUAGAGAUCAAGAAUCGGUUAACUGGAGGGUCAUCCAAUCUUGAAACUGUAUCGGUUGUCGGGAUGGGAGGAAUGGGUAAGACUACUCUUACCAGAAAACUUUACGAUGAUGAACUUAUUGUAUAUCAUUUUUACAUUCGUGCUUGGGUGACUGUAUCUCAAGAUUAUAAUUUGCGAGAAAUGCUUCUAGGCCUUCUAGAUUCCAUGGAAAAACUCACUGACCAGAUGCGUGAAGAGAACAACGAGACAUUAGCUGAGAUUUUGUACAAGAAUCUAAAGGGUAUGAGGUAUCUCAUUGUUAUGGAUGAUGUGUGGGAUGCCAAAGUUUGGGACGAUAUAAAACGAUCAUUUCCAAAAGACAAGAAUGGGAGUAGAAUCAUGAUGACCACUAGGCUAGAUAACGUGGCUCGUUAUGCAAGUUCUACUUCUCCUCCUCAUCCCAUGCGUUUUCUAAGUGAUGAUGAAAGUUGGAAACUGUUUUGUGAGAAUGUCUUUGUAAACAAUUUUUGCCCUCCUGAAUUGGAGGAAAUCGGGAGAAAGAUAGCCCGAGGUUGUCAGGGUCUCCCACUUGCAAUUGUUGUCAUUGCAGGGCUUCUCUCCAAGUCCCCCAAAACACAACUACACUGGAAAAAUGUUGGCGAGAGUCUGAGUUCAGUAUUUGCUUCAUAUGAUGAUCAGUGCUUAAAGAUAAUAUCUUUAAGUUAUAGAUAUUUGCCUCAUCAUUUAAAAGGGUGUUUCUUAUACAUGGGAAUUUUUCCCGAAGAUUUUGAUAUUAGUGUCUCCAAACUUUUAAAGUUGUGGGUUGUCGAAGGAUUACUAGAACCAGUGAUAUCUAAAAGCUUGGAAGCCAUGGCACAAGAGUACUUUUUGGAUCUUGUUGAUAGGAAUCUCAUUUUGGUUCGUGAGAAGAGCUCGCUAGGCAAAAUCAAAACGUGUAGAAUCCAUGAUCUGUUACGAGAUCUGUGUGUGAGAGAAGCUCAAAGGGAGAAGUUUUUUCAGGUGUCGAGUAUGAUACCUCAUGGUAUUUCUGACGGCAUUAUGCUGCACCGCUUAAUUAUUGACAAACCCAGUGAGCUUAUUCAUCAUGCCAGUGUAUUCUCUUCUUCAAAACACUUGAAGUCUCUUUUCAGUUCUGCUAGUUUCAGCUCACCACAUUUUGCAAAUUUGAGACUGCUUAGAGUAUUGGAUAUCAAGGGUGAAUAUAUCAAUUACUUCCACCGAAAUGAUCUAAUUAACAUGUGGUACCUCGCUUGCUUCUGCAGUGGUGAAACUCUUCCUGCAUCAGUGUACAAAAUGCGAAAUCUAAAGGUCCUAAUUAUUUAUAAUUACAUAAAUCUGGAAGUAGAUAUAUGGAAGAUGCCAGAGUUAUGCCACGUCAAGUUGAAGAGAGGGAAACUUCCUGAUCCUCUUAGUGCAGAAAUUGAGGGGGGAAAUUCUACAACUGUUUUAGAAAACCUACAAACACUUUCUCAAAUAAAAGAUUUCAGAUGUACCGAGGAGAUCCUUAAAAGAAUUCCCAAUCUCAAGAAAUUGGGAAUCUGUUAUGUAUUUGAACCAAUGGAUUCGGAUCUCUACUGUCUCAAAAAUGUUGGGCGUCUACAUAAACUUGAAUCAUUAAAUUGCUAUAUCUUUCCGUCACUAUCAUCAUCUUUCCUGCAGAAUCUCACUCUGCCACCUUCUCUCAAAAAGUUAACUCUAAGUGGCUCUCACAUUCCUUGGGAAGAUAUGACGAUUCUUGGUUCAUUGCCCAACCUUCAAGUACUCAAACUGAAACGUAGUUCCUUUUAUGGCCGAGAGUGGGAACCAAAUGAAGGAGAAUUUCUUCAACUAAAAUUUUUGCUACUAGAAGGCCUUAAUCUGGUGGAGUGGAGAGCUGACAAUAUCCAUUUCCCGUGCCUUCAGCACCUAGUCCUUAAAACCUGCUAUAGUAUGGAAGAAAUCCCUAGUGUUAUCGGAGAAAUCCCAACUCUUCAAUCCAUAAUUUUACAUAAAUGUCGGGAUUCACUCGUUGCUUCAGCAAAGCAAAUACAAGAGGAACAACUGAGCUUGGGAAUCGAGGGCCUUGAAAUUCUUAUUCAUAGAAAUUGAUGAUCGUAUUUCGAAGCUUGACAGGAUUUGCAUUUCCUGCUCCAAUGAAAUGCCCUUUGCCAUAUUGUCUUCUAUGUUUUACUUUUCCGUCCUUGUUUAUUUCUCUCCCUCUCCCUUUUUUUUUUUAAUAAUUGUGUGAUUAAUGAAAAUAAAAUGUUCGAUCAUUUUCAUUCGGGAUUGUACUGUAUACCAUUAUUAUAACU